AUGUUGAGACCAGAGGUCGAAGACAAAUACCUCGUCGGAACCACACCUCCCAUAUCCUUUCUCCCGUAUCUUGUAUUCGCCUCGUUUCUUGUCAGCCUAAUUGGGACCUUUACCACCGUAGAGCUACUGCACCGACGAGCCUCUGGAACAGGAUGGCGUCCCUGGGCGGAUAUUGCUAUUUGUUCAGUAACAUUCGGGUUGGUCGCAGUCUGGUGCAUGCAUUUUGUCGGGAACCGUGCAAUCAUCCUUGGUGACGGCGAGUUAGAGAUUCAGCUAUACUACGAUGAGACAUAUGUGGUGCUGUCAGCUAUACUACCCAUUAUACCCAUCUUCAUGGGUCUCUCUGUCGCGAUCAGAUUUCACGAGCUGGGUCGGCGAGCUAUUGUUCGAUACGGAUCGCUUGCUGUAUGCGGGCUGUGUACAGGUGGUGCCACUACCAUGGUGCAUUUUCUGGGAAACAUCGGCGUCGAGAAUUGCAGAAUGUCGGCGAACUGGGCGAAUAUGGUUGGUUCUGCAGCUGUUGCUGUGGUCAUAUGUUCGGUUGGGUUUGGCCUCUUUUUCUACUGGGGAAAACUAUGGAUGAACAAUAUCUGGAGGCGCAUAUGUGUGUCCUUUACUCUGGCUGUGGGCAUUUGCGGGAUGCACUGGACUGCAGCAACAGGCACUUGGUAUCAGAUCGAGGCUUACCAUGAUGGCGAGGAAGCAGACCAGAACGUAAAUCUGAUUGUCGCUUAUUGCCUUUUAACAAUCUCAUGCAUUGCAUGUGUCAUACUAGGCUUCAUCAAACAACGCCAACGGAAAGAGGAAAAGAGCAGGGCGCAGCAAGCCGUGCUAGCUCUUGCCACCUUUGAUCCUUCAGGGAAAUUGCUGGUCAAUAAGACUGGGUUGAUGCCGUGCCAGACCAUCAUCCAGCAUUUCAAUCAAGGAGCCUUCGACGAUGAACUCGACACGUCCCAUCCGGUUUUCCAAUGGAUCUUUAGGGUCACACGAAACUGGAAUGGUAUCUCCGAUCUCAUUCCGUCAAUGCGUGAACACCUGCAACUGGCUGGAUACCUCGAAGCGACUUCUCCCGGAAACAAAAGACGCAACUCAUUACACGAGAGCGACGAUGCAACCUCGUCGGCCACGUUCCGUAAAUUGUUUUGCGUCACAGCUGAUGAGAUGGCUACAGCUCUUGAAAUGGGUCUCGAGAAGCUGGGAUGUCUAUAUGAGGAUGUUUUGACUACUGGCACGAUGACCACCAAUCGCGGGACGUGGACAGGUACACAUACAACCAAGACUACACCAGAUGUGAACGUGACAAUUAACGACCUCGAGUCGGGGAGAUUCGAGCCAGUCGUAUUCGGAAAGGGACAGAUGCUCAUACUCUCGAGGAAAGUCGACGCAUCAGAAGCACACCGAUUACAACAACUAGGCUACAGCUUCGCCGAAAUCGAGCAGGUCAGCCAUAACAUAGCACGCAGCCUGCAGAUCCCCUGUGGCGACCUCGAGGAUCUUAUCAUACGCCUACAUGCUUUUAGUGACAGACAGUACUCUGUUCCGAAGAGCGGCACCUACCUUGCUUCUUUCUUGGUACAACCAAGACCUGGCAUGAAAAGCAUGGAUGUCGUGGUACCGCGGGCGAAUUCAGGCCGGCUCCCAAUGGUCAAACUUGAUGACGAUCAGCUCGACAGUCAUCAAUUGGAAAUCCUCUCAACAUUCGACGGGCUCACUUUGGACCGGUGCCUGGCGCGGAUCAAAGCCUCCUCGGAACCAGAUACUAAAGUCUCCGCUUUCAUGCACAAAUUUGGCAGUCAGAUCGAAUCCCUUCUCCGGGAAUGCCCUGAAGAGGCUCUGCAUUUUUCCACGUUCUCGGCACAACAACUCGACAUGGUGAAUGGACAAACGGAUUUUAGCCAGGCAAAGGUGUUUGCUUUCUGUGGUAUCAAGGAAAUUUACGUCCAAUCGCUGCAGAGCUUCACUCUUAAGGCAAUACCGUUUUCGUUUUUCAAGACAUAUCUCAGGUCGCAGACAGGAUGUGCAGACCACGCUGUGCUUGUGCAAAGAAACCACGACGAGUUCGGCUAUCUCCAGCGGGCGCAAUCAGAUGCCGAAACUUCGUCUUCAAGCCUCAGUUCCAAGUGGCCGUGGAGCCUUCGCAAAGAGAAAUCACUAUCUAGCGAGAGGAGCUGGAACGAAGAAACGGACUCUGUAGAUAACCUUGUCAACCACAGACUACAUACUAGGACUCUCACAGCGGCUUCGGGCCACAGUAUGUGGGGCAGAAUGGUUACGAAUUCCCUUGAGGAAAUCAAGUCGCCUAGAAGCAAAUCCAGUUUCAAAGUGGAGAUGCAUAGUAUGAAAAGAGCGAAGAAUAAUAUGGUGGAUCAGGAGAGCCAAACGCUGGCUGAUCUGUUGAUGACGAUUACGACAGCAUCCCGUGGCUCACUUAUGAGCCGGCCACCAACCAGUGUGGAGCCUGGAGCUAAUCACUCCUUUGCGUAG